UUACUGGGCGGGUAGCCAGCUGCAGCUGCGGCCAAUAGGCAAGAGACUUCUUGUUUCCUGGCAGAGUGGGGUCCCGGCACCGCGGCUCUCUGGUUUUGUGUGGGUCCCGGGUGGAGGGCCCGGGUGCCGGGGCCCGAGGUGCCGCCUCGCUAGCGGGAGAGGGAGCGGGAGCAGCGGCCCGGAGAGAGGUGAGGGGCUCUGCGUGGACUGCGGCCCCGCCGGCAGACCCCGCCCCCUUCUCAGCCCGCUCUGCCGGAGCCCCCAGUCGAAUGCCACCCCGCCCCCCCCCGGCCUGCCGACCCCGCCUUUGGUUGACUCCCUCCGCUCCUGUGGCCUCACCUCUGACCCCUAGGACCGGCCUUUCCGUCCUCCAGUGUACCUGUCUCGACCCCUCCCACGCUGCCAAACCCCACCCUGCCCUGGACAAGCCAGGCAGUGCGAGGGUCCUCGCGAAUCGAGGAGCUGCCUGCUGCUUCCAAGCGGGACUCUACUGGCCCAGCCUUCCUAGGGGUGCUUAGGACGCCCGUUACCCACACCUUCGAGGGUAGCUUUUGCACGGGCUCGUGUCUACAGGGCGGGAGGAUGGAAACAGACCCUAAUUGGAACUGAGGUUCAGGGCAGGUGAGCAAGUGGCUUUGGCCGGGCAUAGGCUACGUUUUCAUGAUAGGCGUAGUAGAGGAAGGGGGUGGUAACAACGCUCUUCAAGGUCUCCGAGAAACGAGUAUAAUUCCAGUCGGUGCUUGUGAAGACAAAAGAGCUCUCAGGGCCUGUGUGGGGCAAGAGGAUGCUUUCCCAGCCCCACCAUGGAGCUGCGCUGUGGGGGAUUGCUGUUCAGUUCUCGCUUUGAUUCAGGGAACCUAGCCCAUGUGGAAAAGGUGGAGACUGUGUCUAGUGAUGGGGAAGGCGUAGGAGGGGUAGCAACAACCCCCGCUAGUGGUUCUGCUGCUUCCCCUGACUAUGAGUUCAACGUGUGGACCCGGCCUGACUGUGCUGAAACGGAAUAUGAAAAUGGCAACAGGUCAUGGUUCUACUUCAGUGUCCGGGGAGGGACUCCAGGGAAGCUUAUCAAGAUCAACAUUAUGAACAUGAACAAGCAAAGCAAACUGUAUUCCCAAGGCAUGGCCCCCUUUGUGCGCACACUGCCUUCCCGGCCACGCUGGGAACGCAUUAGAGAGCGGCCCACCUUUGAGCUGGGGUCCAAGCUGAGCCCCUGCUUCAGCAAGCCUGAAGAAGCUGGUUCUCAUGUGGAGAGUGUCAGAGGGAGGGAGUUGGUAAAGAUGACAGAGACACAGUUUGUGCUGUCCUUUGUCCACCGUUUCGUGGAGGGCCGGGGAGCCACCACCUUCUUCGCCUUCUGCUACCCCUUCUCCUACAGCGACUGCCAGGAUCUGCUGAGCCAGCUAGACCAGCGCUUUCCAGAGAAUUACUCUACCCAUAGCAGUCCUCUGGAUAGCAUUUAUUACCACCGAGAGCUGCUCUGCUACUCUCUGGAUGGACUUCGUGUAGAUCUACUAACAAUCACUUCCUGCCAUGGGCUUCGAGAUGACCGGGAGCCCCGUCUAGAGCAGCUAUUUCCUGAUCUCGGCACUCCCCGACCAUUCCGUUUCACAGGCAAAAGGAUAUUCUUCUUAAGCAGUAGGGUACACCCUGGAGAGACUCCAUCUAGCUUUGUGUUCAAUGGCUUUCUGGACUUCAUCCUUCGACCUGAUGAUCCCCGGGCACAAACUCUCCGUCGACUCUUUGUUUUUAAGUUGAUUCCCAUGUUAAACCCUGAUGGUGUGGUCCGGGGCCACUACCGCACGGACUCCCGUGGAGUGAAUCUGAACCGUCAGUACUUGAAGCCUGAUGCCGUCCUGCACCCGGCCAUCUAUGGCGCCAAAGCUGUGCUGCUUUAUCAUCACGUACACUCGAGGCUCAACGCCAAGAGUCCCACGAACCAGCAACCCACUCUCCAUCUCCCUCCGGAAGCUCCUCUCUCUGACCUCGAGAAAGCCAAUAAUCUCCACAGUGAAGCUCACCUUGGGCAGUCACCGGAUGGGGAAAACCCUGCGACUUGGCCUGAGACAGAGCCAGCAGAAGAGAAGACUGACCCUGUGUGGAUUAUGCCACAGCCAAUUCCUGAACUCGAGGAGCCAGCCCCUGACACCAUCCCCCCAAAAGAGAGUGGUGUUGCUUACUAUGUAGACUUGCACGGACAUGCUUCCAAAAGGGGCUGCUUCAUGUAUGGCAACAGCUUUAGUGACGAGAGCACCCAGGUGGAAAACAUGCUAUAUCCAAAGCUCAUCUCCUUGAAUUCAGCCCACUUUGACUUCCAGGGCUGCAAUUUCUCAGAGAAGAACAUGUAUGCCCGAGACCGUAGAGAUGGCCAGUCCAAAGAGGGAAGCGGCCGUGUCGCAAUCUACAAAGCCUCAGGGAUAAUCCACAGCUACACACUUGAAUGCAACUACAACACUGGACGCUCAGUCAACAGCAUCCCUGCUGCCUGCCAUGACAACGGGCGAGCCACCCCCCCUCCCCCUCCAGCUUUCCCCUCCAGAUACACUGUGGAACUGUUUGAGCAGGUGGGGCGAGCUAUGGCCAUCGCAGCUCUGGACAUGGCAGAGUGUAACCCGUGGCCCCGAAUUGUGCUGUCGGAACACAGCAGCCUCACCAAUUUGCGAGCCUGGAUGCUGAGGCACGUGCGCAACAGCAGAGGGCUGACCAGUGCUGGGAACAUGGGCGCGAGCAAGAAGCGAGGGGCUCGAACCCCUCCCAAAAGCAACAACAGCUUGCCUGGUUCCUGCUCUGAAAAUGCUCUGAGCCGGGUUCGCAGUUUUAGCACCGGCACGAGUACUGGUGGCAGCAGCAGCAGCCAACAAAACUCUCCACAGAUGAAGAACUCUCCCAGCUUCCCUUUUCAUGGCAGUCGGACUGCGGGGCUACCAGGCCUGGGCUCUAGCACCCAAAAGGUCAGCCAUCGGGUGCUGGGCCCUGUCAGAGAGCCCCGAUGCUCAGACCGAAGGCGGCGGCAGCAGCCACUGAACCAUCGCCCUACCACAAACAGCCUGGCCCCCUCCCCAACUCUGGCUAGUUCUGGCCCAACCUCCUCACGAAACAUGGGCUCCUGCCUCCUACCCAAUUCACUCAGCUUAUCAGGGAGCAGCUGCUCAUUCUCGUCUUCAGGGGACAAGCCAGAGGCUGUCAUGGUGAUUGGGAAAAGCCUACUAGGGGCUGGUGCUCGGAUCCCUUGCAUUAGGACUCGAUUGCAGGCUAGGCCCAGGUUGGGCCGGAGCUCACCGCCGACUCGCAGAGGGAUGAGAGGUUCAAGCCCCACAUCCCCCAUCCCCCAGACCAGAGAGAGCAGUGAGCUGGAGCCGGGACCCCACUCUGCUACACCAGGGCUGCCUCAGGCCGGCCCCCCACGGCCUCGCUCUGCCCCCGCCUUUUCUCCUAUUUCCUGUACUCUCUCUGACUCCCCAUCCCGGAUUUGUUACAGCAGGGGGCUCUUGAACCAAUGUGAGGUUUGUUUUGUCCCUAAAUCACCACCAUUCACUAUUUCUCCCAGGGUCUGAUAAUGCCUUUACCUUCAUGUCCAGGAUAUAGCCCUAAGGUGAGGGAACACAGUGAAAUGAUAAGUUAGUCCCGUCUUCCAGCUGCUGGUACCAUGUGACAACCAUAGCUCCUUGGAAUGUCGGCCACACUGUCCGAGGCCUUGCAGAACAUCACCUUAAGACAGAACAAAACAGGGACCUGCUCCCUCCCACCCCCCUGCAGCACAAGAUUUUGGGACCACAAAAAAAUAUAUAU